CUCCGAAGAUUCCAUGAUGGCGGCCGGACAGUUGCCGCCGCAGUUGCGGCAAAAACUCACUUCUUUCGCCGAAUUCGCCUUUCCUGCGACGCGGGCGGCUAGGGAAGGGCGAGAACACCACCAACUCAAGUCCAUUGGGAACGAGCUGGUGUCCAACCUGCCCCUGCAGAUGGCCCUGUACUUCAACGUCUGCUAUUUCCCAUUCUGGCUCGUCACUGCCAUCGUUCUUCUGCAACUAAAGUUUUCAUCGUUGGAUGAGUUCUACAAGUUCAUCACUGUGACAGUGUAUGUGGUGAUGGUGGUUGUGGAGAUAGUCAGACUGUACUUGGGUUACCUGGGAAACCUGCAAGAAAAGGUCCCAGAGUUGGCUGGGUUCUGGCUGCUGACCAUCGUGCUGCAGUUUCCUCUCAGUUUCUUCAUCCUCUUCAACGAGGCCACCGUGAUCCUGCCGCUGGAACGCGCCAUUCAUAUCGUCAUGGCGAUGUUCGUUCUGUUCGAGGUUGUCUGUGGAUACUUUGCCAUAAAGAUCAUGAGCAGCCACCAGGUCACCAAGUUCCACCUGCGUCAGUUUGAUGACUUGGAGUACUUGGACGACGGACAGACAAGAUGGACGUCAGAUGCUUGAGAUUAGAAUUUAGAUCAAUAGCGUGUAAAUGUUUUUAUUCUUAGAGUGACAUUUUGAAACGAGUUUGAACUGCAAUUGCGAACACAAUAAAUUGGACUUACAAAUAAUAAAUAAAUUUUCGACUGUACAACUCCAGUCUUUGUCAAAGAAUGACAGUCAUUUCAUAAUUACUUCCACCAACACAAAUGAACUCCGAGAUUAGAGUGACAUUUUGUUGCUUUCCUACUAGUAGGUUAGCUACUAGCCUGGGUACCAUCCUUGUUAGUUUACGUCCGCUCUGAAAGUCAUCAACUGAAAGAACGGAUGUAAACUAACCAGGAUGGUACCCAGGAUAAUUAGCUACUGUUGCAAAUGAGCAUCUUCAAAAUGGUAGUCCCAAUUUAUAUUCAGUGAAUUGAUGAUGAAAGAUUUUUUCUGUAAAUAUUGGUACAUUUGAAUGUAUAUUAAGCAUCUAUAUGUUGUAUAGUCCCCUUUUUACGUGCUUAAAAAUUUGCACCUUACAUGACUGUUUAGUGUUGUUUCUACUCUGUAUAUACAGGUACAUGUACAGGUACGUGUAAUUUGAUCUGGUCCUUGCAAGACGUUAAAUGUCACCAUAAAGUU